GUAAUUUUGAUUGGAUGAUUAUAUUCUAAUAUAUUUUUUGAAACCUUUGCCAUAUGGCAAUAGUGUACAUUUAAUGCGAAUUAAUUUAUAUAAAAGAUCUAGUUAUAAUUAGAUUUCUGAAAUGGCGCCGCAAUUGCGAAUUUUAUCUAAUGUUAUAGAGCGUUUAAAAAACAUAAAAAAUGGUGUAACAGGUCAUUUAUAUGGUGUAAUGUAUGAUAAUACAUUAACAGUAUUAACAUUUAGCGUAAAUGUAAUGAAUAAUGUUGAAGUUAACAUAAAUCAUACAAUGUUACAAUUACAUAUGUCUGCAGAAGUAUAUCUUUGUGGUAUUUUACAUGUUGGUGAAUGUGAAGAAAAAUUUAUUGAUGCAUUUCAGGAUAUUGAUAUCACAGAUAAUCCAUUAUUUUUAAAAUAUACACAUGAUAAUUUAAAGAUACAAGCAUAUUUUUAUAUUCAUUUAAAACUUGAAUCUAUUAAUGAUAUAAAAAUCAUUAAUGAAAGUGAUAUUUGUCAAGAAUUUAUUUAUAUUCGAUUAAGAGGAAGCUUACCAUUAAUUGCACAGGAUGAUAAUAUAAUGGAAGUGUUAAAAGAAUCAAGAAAAAAUAUUGUAUCAGGAAAAAUAGGAAUUCAUUUUCCAUCAAAAAAUGCUUUCCUUUUCAAUAAUGAAAAUAUUAUAAAAGAUAUAUCUUUAAAAGAGAUUCUAAACAUAUCUGAUAAUUAUGAAGGAACUAGAAAUAUAAGAAAAGACAUUAAGAAACCUAUGGGAAUAGUGAAUGCUGUAAAUGCUUAUAUACUUUUAAAAAUGUCUGGAGAUAAACAUUCUGAAGAUAAUAUUAAAUAUGCUCCAGUACUUCAAUAUAUAAAACGAUCAUUUAAUAGUUUGGAAUGCAAUUUAUUUAUUGAUACAUUAUCUUUGGUCAAUAUUAAUGUAAGUUCAGCAGAUCUAUAUGGAAUAUUAGUAGAAUCUAUGUGUCGAAAUAUCAAAUUAGUAGAAAAAUGUUUUGAAAAUCAACUUCAAAAAUCAGAAACACCCAUAAAACUUCCAAUACCCAUACAUUUUAAACCUCAAGGUUUUGGACAUUUAAUCACAGUAGUCUAUCCAAAUGGUUAUAGUGAUAAAGAAACAAUAGAAUAUCGUGAAAAUUUACAUAAAAUUUUGGGAUUAGAUAUGACAAGACCUUAUUUCCGUUGUGGAAAUGCUGUGAAAUUUUAUAAUGAUUCAAAAACAGAAAGUAUACUUAUAAAUCCUCAUGAAGCAAUUGUGGUAAAGGAUGAUAUAAUAAAUAGCAAUUGGAAAGUACAAAUUGUACAAGGCUUAUAUAUAUAUUAUCAUUAUAUGCAAGAUAAUUUUGAUGAUAAUGGGUGGGGAUGUGCAUAUAGAUCUCUACAAACUAUUAUUUCAUGGUUUAGAUUACAAGGUUACACUGAAAUACCAGUACCAUCACAUCGUGUAAUACAAAAAUGUUUAGUUGAUAUAGGCGACAAACCUUCAAAUUUUAUUAAUAGUAAACAAUGGAUUGGUUCUACGGAAGUAGGUUUUGUAUUAGAAAGUCUUUUGGAUAUCAGUGUUAAAGUACUCUGUGCGUCUACAGGUGAAGAAGUAUCAUCAUUAGCUCCAAAUCUACUACAUCAUUUUCAAACACAGGGUACACCAAUAAUGAUUGGUGGAGGAGUAUUAGCACAUACAAUUUUAGGAAUUAGUUAUGAUCAAAUUACUGGAGAUGUUAAAUUUUUAAUUUUAGAUCCUCAUUAUGUAGGUCCUGAACAUUUGCCAACUGUAAUAAAUAAAGGUUGGUGUGGAUGGAAAUCAAAAGAUUUUUGGAAAAAAGAUGCAUUUUAUAAUAUGUGUCUUCCCCAGAGGCCAGUAUGUAUUUGAUUAUAAAAA